AACCAGUUAGUCCACCUUCGUACAGGAAGUGAGCAGCUGCAGCACACAAAAAGGAGGCAAUAAGAAAGAAAAGCAGUGGCUGUAUUUGGACAAAUGGUGUACCUUUCCGGCGUGAUGAGAUUAAGACGAUGAGCCCAUCUUGACCUGCACUGACACAAGGCAGUAAGAAACUACUAAAUGGACAGCAGAGGUCUGUUUUUGUGAGUAGGCCUACAUUAUGGACUCCAGAGCUUGGACAGAAACUUGAAUUUGUUUUCUGACGGAGCAUCUCAAGAUCACGUCUUUGAGUAUUUCUUUUUUUUUUUAAAGCAAUCUUUAAAUGACAUUCUAAAUCAGGGAUCCGCGAAUGGUGAUGCAAAAUAUUUUAGACAUUACAAUAUUUGAUUUAAUGUAAAUUCAGAAACUUCAACAAUAUCGUGUAUUCAUACUAAUUUUAUGCAAAACUAGUUUUGCAUGGGCUGCAAGAAUAUCAGAUAUUGAACAAUAUCCUAGCAAUUUUUCUAUUAAUUUUGAAAUUUUCGAUAGUUAAAUGUUUGUGGCUUUAUGGCAUUUUUUUUUUUAAAUAUAAUGUUAAUAUAAUGUUAAAGCAACACUAAUUUUCUAAAGGGUUAAAAAAAUAAUUUUUUAGUCAUACACUUAACGUUUUUAUUUAUAGGGGCUAAAAUGCCUUGAUUUUUUUUAAAAAAGUUAAUUUGUUAUUUUAUUUUCAAUCAUUUCAGCAUUUUAUAUUUUGAAAAUAGUUUACAUAAUUUUUGGAAAUUAAACUUUAAAUGGAGCUUUUUUUGUAGGGAAUUCACAAGUAUGCGACGUUCAAUACAACAUUUUAGAAGUGAAAAUGUUUUUUUUAAAUUCAUUAUGAUCAUAUCAUUUAGAAAAUGUUCAAUCUAAAUUUUCACAAUUUAAAUUAAACUUUGUUUUGUCCGUCUUAAAGGUGUUACUAACUGCUUGCCAUAGAAAAUAGAAACAAUAUAAGCUCCAUCUUUGAGGUUUUUUUUAACCAAUUUUUGCCCAUUACAUGAUUAAUUCCGCAAAAACCAGAGCACAAGGCGCACUUCAAAUAGGCACAUUUAAAAACAAAAAAAGAGUUAAGACUCACAAUGGCCACGUCCAUCUCAGAGGAUAACGUGUGUCAGCGUCCCACCAAUGGAGAUCACAAGCUUGUCAACAAGACUCUCAGGAGGCUAGAAAAGCUCUAUGAGUCGUGUGCCGACCCACGGCUGGGCCUAAGAAGCAGCCCGCCGUACCUCCCAGAACUGCUGCCUGAUACCGCAUCUGUGCUCCGACGAGUUUGGGAGCCCUACCGGGGUCUCGGGGUGCUGACGGGCCGGGCCCCCGCUGCUGACGAGGCGAUGUUCCUCAGGGUCCAUGCCAGGAAUCUGCUCGAUAAGACCAAUAGAGCCUUGCUUCUUUUUAAAGAUGGCAAGGAGAACAUGUUUGAAGAGACAUCCGGCUACAGGAGGAACCUGACCAAGAUGUCCCUGCUCUUCAGUCACAUGUUGUGGGAGCUCAAGGCUGUGUUUCCAGGGGACCGUUACCACGGCGACACCUACAAGCUGACCAAGGCAGAAGCGCGAGAAUUUUGGAAGCUUUCUUUUGGCAAUAAAUGUAUCGUGAGUUGGAGCAACUUUGCCGAGAAGCUGCGCCUCGUGCACCCGUUUGAGGAGGGGAUGGAGUCCGUGUUCCUCAAGUUCACCAUCGAUCUCACUUGCAACGACUAUGUCUCCAUCUUUGAAUUUGACAUCUUCACCCGACUUUUCCAGCCUUGGGGGUCCCUCCUGAGAAACUGGAACCAGCUUGCCGUGACGCAUCCGGGCUACAUGGCGUUCAUCACGUAUGACCAGGCUGUGUCACGACUGGAACGUUACCGCCACAAGCCUGGAAGCUACAUUUUUCGCCUGAGCUGCACCAGGAUGGGCCAGUGGGCCAUUGGUCACGUGACAGGCGAGGGAACCAUCGUUCAGACCAUCCCUGAGAAUACGCCACUCUAUCUGGCACUCCUCAGGGGCCAUAACCAGGGAUGCUACUUGCACCCAGACGGCCGAGAUGUGAACCCAGACCUCAAUGCCCUGCACAAACCGGAACACAAGGCAAAAGUCAAGGUUACACAAGAGGAAAACGAGCUUUAUCGUGUUGCGGGCACCUCCUUCCAGAUGUGUAAGAUAUGCACAGCCAAGGACAAGGACACUCGCAUUGAGCCAUGUGGACACCUUGUAUGUCGACGUUGCCUCAACAGCUGGCUGAAAUUGGCGGACCACACCUGUCCAUAUUGCCGAUGUGACAUCGAAGGCACGGAACCCGUCCACAUCGAGGUCUGCCAGCCAGAACACGAGGAAGAGGGUGACGAAGAUGAUCACGAGGAUAUCGAGCUGGUGGUAAAGCAAAUGGCUGCUCUGAGGAAGAAGGCUCCAGAGAGCUGAGUCCUGCAGCAAAACAUAAAAGGGAAGCGGGUGAGCAUGGAUAAGCCCACCGUUUUCUCAUCAACACCUCAACAGAUCAUUUGGUGGCUUCAUAAAAUGCACAAAAAAAAAAAGCAAAUUUUAUGAUUAUUUAUAGAUCAUAUUGUUUAAUUCAUAUGUAUGAAAAGCAAUGUGAAGAUGAUUCUCAUGUCCAGAAGACCAGAAGACAUCAAGAGUAUAUACAGUAUUUUAUAGAAAUAAUAUAAGAAAUAGAUCAUUUAAAGUUUUUUUUUCUGAGUGUAUAACGUAACUAUAAAUAUGUACUGUGAAAAUGUAGAUACAUCGCAGAAAACACACGCUCUGAGACCCCCAAUUUGGCCAAAUUUCAAAACUGUCCUAUAUGCAUGUGUGAUACAUUAUUGGAAAGCUUAAAAUCUCAAUUUUUUGGUGGAAGAAAAAUUUUGAACUGGACGGCAAUUAAAAAAUUUUUUUUUUUUAAACCCCUAACCCUAACUCAAGGAGAGAGCAUGAGAGAGCAUAAUUAAAGACACCAUGAUUUUAACGAGGUAUUAUCGCUAACUUACCUUGUUUCGAUCCAAAAACUCUGUGUAGCAUGAGUCACCGAGUAUCAAGACGUAGCCGGACUUUCUGGGGAUUUUAUGGGUGAAACAUGGUAAUAUAACGAGGGUUGCAAUGCAGAAAUCGCAGGUCGCAAUCGAGUGAUCAGGAUUUUCUUUUUCAAAUAUUUACCCUUUUAAAUGUUUUUUUUAUUUUUAUUUUUUUUAAUUUCUCUUUGUUUGACUCGAUUACUUAUCAUCUAAUGUAUCGGGGAAAAUGCGACAGUAACAAAAAAAUUACAAUUAAGCCAUAGGUAUGACGUAAAUAUCCGUGACCUAUUCAAAGACACUUUUUUUUUCAUCGGGACGCAAUUUAUUUAAAAGUUUAAGAUAUGCGAGUGAAUAAUUUUAUAAAGUAGUUUUUUUUGUUGUUGUUUUUUUUUUAAACUAAAUAUUAGACAAAAAUAAAUAAUUCCAAGCUAAAAAUGACAGCCAUUUCGAAUAAUAAAUAUAAUUACUUACUUUCUUUUCAUGGCUGUGUUGAAACAAGAAGCGGUUGCGCGACGUCUGUAAACGGAGGUCUUCAGGGUAAAACAGAUCAAUUAAAAAUAGUUUGGGGGCUUAAUGCGCCAUGAAACUGCUAGGGCACCAUAUAGACAUAUUGUUCUAUCAAACGCAACAGUUCUUUUGGCUUAAAAUACAGCAGUUUAUUUUAAAGAGGGGUGCAAGAAGCCUUGUCUGUGUUUUCGGCCGUAUGCAUUUAUUGAAUGUGUUAGAUAUAAUUGUAUCAUACAGCCAUUAUUAUGAUUCCAUAUUCGCCUUACGAUAUAAUAAACAAAAAUGAAACCAUACAAAACGAUGACAAAAUGUAUUUUUGUUAAUAGCUUCAUAUUUGGUGAAAAAAAAUCAUAAAAUAACAUAACAUAAAAAAAAAAAAAAAAACGAUAACCAAAAACUCAAAGCAUAAAGACUGGUGUAAAUAAAUGACAUAUUUCGGAGAGAUGACAAUUUUUAAAAAUAUAUGUAAACUGAACAGUUCAGGAAUUGUGUUGCUAAAUUAAAUAAUAAUAUUAAAUAAUCCAAGUAAAAGUUCUAAACAGUUAUUAGUAUCCAGGACAUGUAUAACAUUUAAACUAUAUAGACCCUAUGACUGUCUAAAAAUGUGAAAAAACAUUAAUAAUGCUUAUAAUUGAGUAGUAUAAUUUUGCACUUCUUAUAAACAAUUAAUAUAUAAAAAGAAAUAUCCAGAGGCUUACAAUUCUGAGCAUUUGUGUUUCACAUUUCAUGUUUUAAUUUUUUUUUUCCUUUAUGAUUUUCAACUCUCCACCUGCUGUUACUAUAAUUGUAUUGAAAGCCAAAUAAAA